AUGAUUAAUUCAAAUGAGGAAUGGGCUCUCUUUCUAUCUGCAAAAUUCAAGACCAAGAAUGGACAGUGGAUCACAAAAUGGAAACAAUCAUCCAUAUGGAAGGGCUUAAAGUGGGCAUGGAAUUAUCUAAAAGAAGAUAUAAGGUUGAGUAUUGGGGAUGGAACCAAAAUAUCUGUUUGGUUUGAUACUUGGAUUGGAGAAGUACCACUUAUAGAACAAAUUGGUUAUUCUGAAUAUGUCAAAAACAAUAUUGGAAUGAAGGUUGCAAAUCUACGUAAGGAUAAUUCUUGGACAUUUGAAAAGGUGAGGGACAAAGAACCAACUCUUGUAUCACCAACUUACAUUUGGAAGCCAUUUCUGCAUCCCAACAUUGCUAGUAACAUCUGGAAGCUACACCAGGGUGUGUAUAUGGAUGAUGAUGAAAUGAAAAAGAUUGGAUAUGAUAUGGUUUCUAGAUGCUGCAUUUGUCAAGAAAAGCAGGACAACAUGGACCAUACAUUAUGGCAUUGCAGGUUUAGUUUGGAAAUAUGGUCUUGGCUGUGUUCAAUUUUUGGGUUCAGAAAACCAAUUUCUUUUGAAGAUAUUUGUUCAGCUGCAAAAAGAAAAAGUCCCAUUGUAAGAGAAAUAUGGUUAACAACUGCAUGUGCAACCAUGAGGGAGCUUUGGUUUCAAAGAAAUAAAAUCUUAUUUGAAGAAAUGAAGCCUCACAACAACAGUUUUAAAUGCAGAAUUUACAAACUCAUACAGGAAGGGAUCCAUAGAAUGAAAGAAGCAUCAAGUUCAACUGCAUCAAAGAAAAUUAACUGGACUGCUCCCGUAGAUGGUGUUACUCUUUUUUUUUGUGCUGGUAAAUCUUUUGGAGAACCAGGGAAUGCAGGCUUGGGUGUGAUUGCAAGGGAUUGCAACAGUAAGGUAAUUGGCACUCUUACAGGUGGAAUUGGUGUUGCUUCAUCUUCCAUUGCAGGGGAAUAUGCAAUAAUCUGUGCACUUGAAUGGGUUGUUUUUCUUAAAUGCACUAAUAUAAUUAUUCAGUCAUAUUCAAUUACUGAGAUUGAAUGCUUCAAAAGCACUGAAAUACCUUGGUAUAUCUGGGCAAGAUGGAAGAAAGCAAGCAUGAAAUUAGCAGAAGUUACAUUUUCUCAAUGCCCCAAAGAGAUAAAUUUCACAGCAAACAAUUUGGCACAAAGAGGAGCAGUCUUAAAAGCUGGAGAGAGAAUCAUACAUUCUGGGAGGCCACACUUCCUAAAGAGAAUAGAAUUGCAAGGAGUAGCUUAUCUUAGCUUAUGUUAA